AUGAACAAUCUAGACGGGGGAGAAGCGAAUAUAGCUAUUCAAUAUCAACCCGAAACAACAAUCUCAUCUGGACCCGUAAAUACAGUGGAUCCACAAAGACCGUUGUACACGGUGCCAGGAAUAUUACAUUUCCUACAGCAUGAAUGGACACGUUUUGAAAUAGAGCAUCAACAAUGGGAAACAGAGCGAGCCGAAUUACUAGCUCGUAUUGCAUUUCUACAAGGAGAAAGACAGGGGCAAGAGAAUCUGAAAAGUGCACUGGUGAAACGCAUUAAAAUGCUUGAAUAUGCACUCAAACAAGAAAGAUUGAAAUUUAACAAAUUGAAGUAUGGUACAGAUAAUGCACCAAUUGAAGAUCCAAAAUUCAAUACACCAGAAAAUCAUAUGGAUGAUGAUGAUUUAAAAGAAGAUACCAGUCUCUCGUUUGGUGGAAGUAGUGUCUCUUUUAAACAAGGACGACAAUUACUUAGACAAUAUUUGAAAGAAAUUGGCUAUGUCGACACAAUUAUCGAUAUACGUUCAACAGCUGUCAAAAAAUUACUUGGAAUUAAAUCUGAUAAUGAUUUAAAUCCAAAUGUUGUUAAUAAUAACAAUACUGGAAUGUCUGGUGGUGGAAUAAAUGGUGAUUUAAAAUCAUCAUAUGAACCAAAAAGAGUUAUACCAGGAAUUAUUAAGAAUGCUGCGAAUGAGCUUGGUAAAUCUGUAUUAGCUUCGCUGGUAUUUUUGAAAGAUGAACAACCAGAUGGUCAAGAUGAUGAUUCAAGUGACGAUGAUCUUGAUACAAAUCGUAUAAUUGUCAAAAGUAACAAUACAAAUAUGUCGAAUAAUAUUUUGAGUGCAAAUAAUAAUAAUAACAAUAAUCAUCACAAUCAAUAUCAUGGCGUAGAUUCAUUAAAUGAUUUGGAUAGUGAAGAAGCAGCAUUACAAGAAUUUGAUUUUCUUGUUGAUCCAUCAUCGAAUGUUUUGGGUAAUGUGGGAUUUAAUGAAUUAAAAACGCAUAAUACAAGUGGUAAUGAAUGGGAUGUUGAUCAAUCACGUUUGAAUAGAUUGAAAGAAGAAUAUAAACGUGAUCGUAUUGGAAAAAAACUUCAUCAUCAUCAAACUUCAUCUCUUCGUAAUACAUUACUUAAUAUGGGAAAUAAUGAUAAUGGUAAUGAUGAUACAUCGAAUGAUCCACGUUCGUAUUCUGAUGAUGAACAAAUGAACCGUGAAAUGGUUGAUUCAAUGAUGUUUCGUAAUAGUAAAAAUUUUAUGGAAGAUAAUACUAUGGAGAGUCUCGAUGAAUUAGCUCGUGUCACUGUUCAAAAUGAUAAUGAACCACUUUAUGAUACAACGACGGAUUCCGUGGAUUUUAGAAAGACAUGGAAUGUUAAAUUUGUAUUACGAAGUCAUUUGGAUGGCGUACGCUGUGUAGCAUUUCAUCCAGUAGAAUCUGUUGUUGUGACUGGUUCAGAAGAUCGUACAUUAAAAUUAUGGAAUUUAGAAAAAUCGACUACAAUGAGAAAAUCUACAUCAGCAACUCAAGAUCUAGAACCAAUUUAUACAUUUCGACGUCAUUCGUAAGUUUUCACUCUCUGAUAGCACUAGCAAAAAUUCUACAGUUAUUCAGACUGAGUCCUAAUAGUCAGAGACCUGAAUUUUGGGGGGGUAUGGGGGGGGGGGGGGGGCCCCCCCCAAAAUUUUAAAGGACCGUUAAAAGGUUAUUAGGGGGGAACGUGGGAAAAAAAGGGGUUUAACCCCCCGCAAAAGGG